AAUAAUUUCUUAGCAAAUAUUGUUUUUAUUUCGCGACCUAAGAUAUUUUACAAAAGGGUGCGUUUUCAACUAGAAAGCAAAGGCAGGGUGGGGUGCGAUGCGCACGCGCUUACAACACGGGCUUCACAUUCCGACAAUCAUUCGUGAGUUCGGUCUGAAGCGGGCUGGCCGUGUCGCUUGCGUCGCCCACUUCCCAUAUAUUUCGCGAUUAAAUUUACGCCUAUGAAAUCAUCGUUAUUGUUAAAGAAACUGUUGGACAUUGUGAAACAAAGUGUUUCGGUGUUCAAAAUGGAUUUGUCGUGUGGCGAAAAUCUGGAGAACUCAGGGAACAGCAACGGUGGAAGGCCAGACGGCUGCAUAGCGGGCUUCGAUCCAGCCCUCGACCGUAAUCCACACUUGUUGACGAAUCUCCUUGCAUUGGAAAGGUUUCAUGGAUUGCACACAGAUUAUUUUCAACACGUCCAAAUAGAUAUACAGCCGUUUAUGCGGAAGGUUGUCACAGUAUGGAUGUUGGAGGUAUGCGAGGAGCAGCGUUGUGAAGAGCAGGUGUUCUCCCUGGCAGUCAGCUAUCUGGACAGGUUCCUCGCACAGGUCGCAAUCUCAAGGAAGCAGCUGCAAUUGCUGGCUGUCACAGCAUUGCUGGUAGCAUCUAAAUUCCGACAGUGCCACGCCCUAUCCAUCGACCUGCUAUGCGCUUACACAGACAACUCAAUUCUACCACAAGAAGUUCGACAAUGGGAGUUAAUGUUGGUGCAACGGCUGAACUGGCAGUUAUCUAUUGCGACAGCGUUUGAUUUUGUUGACCCCAUUUUGGCCAGGGUACCUUGGGGCCGGACGAAUUCUUUGGUCAGAACUCACGCCAUAACCCUAAGCUCCGUGUGCUAUACAGAAACGGAGCUACUUUUAGUGCCACCGUCCCUAAUAGCAGUGGCCUGCAUAACGGCAGCAGCUCGUGGUCUACGUGUGCGCAUGUCGGUAAACGACCUAUGCUAUCUCACAAGAUCUCCACCCGUUUCCACGGAGCUCGUAGCUCGCCACGUGGAAACGGUCCUCGCCAGAGAGACUCAGGCGCAAGAACCUCGCACCAGAUACGCACAACCAACGAAACAGGCAUCGUCAGAUCAAACACAACUACCCAAUACACCAACAGAUGUUCAGGACGUUCGUUUUUAAUAUAUUUAGGCCCUAAUCGUCAAGCAUUUGACUUAGCGUCGACUCUUGAAUUCAUAUCAAUUUGUUAUAAGUUUCGAUACAUUCCAAAUUAUACAUAAUUGUUUGGAUAGCUAAGUUCAAAUGGUACACGUGAUCUAAUAUUUUGUAUAAUAUCAAGGAUCUCAAUAAUUUCAAUAUAAAUGGCGUAUUGAAAUCAAUUUUUUUACGUAGCCUUACCCAUAUACAAUAGCAAUUCGAAUUCACAAAAAAAUCUUUGUUAUUUUUUUCCCGCGCACCUGGGUCCACAGAGUAAA